AAACAAACCAGAGAGAAAGAAGACAGCGUGGAUUUGUGAUGAAAUUUCAUUUAAGUUCUCGUCCAGACGACUCCUGCCGAAGCGUGAAGCCUUUCUUUGACAACUGUAGAUCCUAGUUACACAGAACAGAGGGGAGAACACAGCCAUACCCGGACUUGUGGCUAAGGCCUUGUUAUUACAGAACAACUUGGUGGUCACGUUGAUUUUCUGCCAGAGUCUGACAUAAGAACAAAGGAAUUGUGGAACGUGAGGUGGCAGAAAAGUUUCCACCAAGGACCCAGGCAUCUGUUCUCUGCAAUGCCUCUGCCUAGUGUCAGUGGAAUGGAUCCUCCCUUUGGGGAUGCUUUUCAAAACUACACUUUCGCUGACCAGGCACUGACUAGCACUGAUCUGUUAGCCAACAGCUCGGACCCAGACUUCAUUUAUGAACUGGACAGAGAUAUGACUUGUCGCCAGAGCCCUGGAAGAGACGUGUUCGGAGUUGAGGACUGCAAGGAUUUUGAAAGCAUGGAGAAUCUUCCAGAACUAAUAGACAAUGACCUGGCCUACAGCUCCAACUUUGAACAGUGGGACACGUAUUGGGAAGACUUGACCAAGUACACUCGCCUCACCAGCUGUGACAUCUGGGGCACUAAGGAGGUUGACUUCCUGGGCUUGGACGAUUUCUCCAGCCCUUACCAGGAUGAGGAAGUCAUAAGCCGUACACCCACCUUGGCCCAGCUCAACAGUGAGGACUCGCAGCCUGUGUGUGACACUUUAUACCUUCCAGAUUCGGUGGCAGGCCAAAAGCAGACUGUUUUUCCUCCACCAGCGGUAGGCAAGACGAUGGGUAGAACCAACGCUUCUGUCACAGGCACCUCCUCCAACCACAGUACACUUCCGGAUUAUGCCGAAGGCUCUCAGAAGGCCACGUGGCCAGUGCCCUCAAGCACUGAGACUAUGGCAAAGGCCCAGAUGCAAGGGCCUAGCAGGGUUGGAUCUCCACAACCAGAGAACACGGAUUACGUACGCAAAGCCAAGGUUCGCAUUAGCGUACCACGCAAGACCUUCCUAGAGAGUUGUGCUCAGCAGAUCAGCGUGUCUGCCAGCUCCCCUCUUAUCAAAGAGCAUGAGUCAAGUGCUGCUUUGAUCAGCAAUGCCCAAGCGACCACUAUUGACACUCCAUCUUCUCUGAUUCCCAUGGUUUGCGAGAAAAGAGUGGAACUCUGUAAACGCGAGUCUCCAUGUGGCUCCACUCCAGACGUGGGGGUGUCGAGUGGAAAGCCAUCGAAACUUAACUUCCUCGUGGCUGGCAGCGGUGAAACCUUGCUCACCGUGAGCGCCCUGGGUGCCGAUGCCACCGCUGCCGCCGAGAAGAAGAAAGAGGAGGAGCACAACUACUCGCUGUUCCUGACCAGGGCGAGGCUUGCGGGCAAAGCUCCCGCCGACAUGGAGGAAGACGAGGACGAGGAGGAGGAAGAGGAAGACGGUGAGGAGGAAGAGGAAGAGGAGGAGGCAGAGGGGGUGGACUUGGACGACGAAGACCACGACGAAGGGUUUGGCAGCGAGCACGAGCUUUCGGAAAAUGAAGAGGAAGAGGAGGAAGAAGAUGACGAUUAUGAGGGAGACAAAGACGACGACAUCAGCGACGCGUUCUCAGAGCCAGGAUGCGAUGCUGACAUGGUCGAGGACGUUAAAGGUCUGACGGCCGGAAUUUCCAGAAAGAGGGGUAAGCGCCGAUACUUCUGGGAAUACAGCGAGCAGCUCACCCCGUCUAAGCAAGAACGUAUGCUAAAACCUUCCGAGUGGGACCGAGACACCCUUCCCAGCAACAUGUAUCAAAAGAAUGGCCUGCAUCAUGGAAAAUACACACUAAAGAAGUCACGGCGGACAGACGUAGAGGAUCUCACCCCCAACCCACGGAAGCUGCUUCAGAUCGGGAACGAAUUGCGCAAACUUAACAAGGUGAUUAGUGACCUGACCCCUGUUAGCGAGCUGCCCCUGACUGCUCGCCCUCGCUCUCGGAAGGAGAAAAACAAGUUGGCGUCCAGGGCCUGCAGACUAAAGAAAAAAGCGCAGUAUGAAGCCAACAAGGUCAAGCUGUGGGGUCUUGGCACUGAAUAUGAUCGAUUGCUGUUCGUGAUUAAUACAAUCAAAGAGGAGAUUGUGAACCGAGUUCAAGAUAACUCCAAUAAUAAUGGGACAAGCAUGGCAGAGAAGCUCGAUAAGCUCAUAGAAGAGACACUAGUGCAGCCACCAGUAGCUGGCCAGACUUCAGACUUUGUGAACCAGAUCCUUGAGAAUACAGGCAAGGGUGACCCCACUGGAGGUCUAGUGGGACUGCGUGUGCCCACACUGAAAGUGUAGAGGCAUAUACAGAUAGUAUUCUGAAGCACAGUCGAAGCCAUCCACGCCAUUCCUGUCUCACACUGUAACGGCCCAACACUCUGCAUGCCCAUGUCAACAGGAGAUGCUCAAAAUGCUUAAUGUGGAUACAUGCAUAUGAACACCUGUCUUUCUGUGCAUACGUAUGUAUAUGUUCACCUUCCACGCACCUACAGAAAUCUCUGCACUCAGUAGUCUCAGUUUCCUUACCACGUGUGCAUGUGGCUGGUUUAAAAAAAAAAAAAAAAACAAACAAACCCAAAAACCUCCAUCUGCAAGCCGCCAUUUUGCAAAAUUCAGAAGCCAAUUUAUGAGAUACCUCCCGGAAAGUAUCGUCAAUUUAGACAUGAAGACGCAACUGGUUCCUGCUGUAGCCAUUUUUUCCUUAUGUCCAGCAGAUGCCCCUUUUACUGGAUUCAGAAAGCAGAAAUGUUUUCUUUAGGGAAUAUAGUAACAUUAUGAUCAGUAAUUAAGACUCGUGGAUAGAAAAAAAAAAAAGAAGACAUUUUAGAGAGAUUAACUAAUUGUCAUAUAUCACCUGGUCAUGUAAGAAAAAAAAAACAACAACAUUUAUCUAAACCUCUGCUUUCCUAUUCUAGUAUUGUGGCAUUUGCAGGAUUGAACAAGUUACACCCUUAUAUGCCAAUUCUGACAAAGCCAAUGCAAACACAAACAUCUGAAUCAUCUAUCUUUAUUGGAAACCAAGCGAAAGAUAGGCGUAUAAAUUAAGGACAGGGGUUACUGCAUGACAAUUAGGAUAGGACUGGGCUUGAAUGUUCUGUUCCUUUUGUCUUGAUGGUCUCAGGGUGACUAGAGAGAGAUUAUUGACUGACUGGAGCAGAUGGUCCAUUUAAACCUUCCUUAACUGAGAAGAACUAUUAUUUUUUACUGGUGACUCCACCCACUUUGAUCAAAGUGCCCUCGCGUCAAGUGACCCCGGACGUUUUUUUUCCGAGGUCGCAUCGAAGGGGCUCAAAAGUCGAUUCCCCCGACUCGGUCUUGUUCAUAUUUGUACUUUUUAUUAAAAAGUAAGAUUCAUUGUGCCUUGUAGAUGUUGAGGGGAUAGCGAAUCUCACUUGAAAGCAAGUGGACCAUGCUUCAAGGAGAAGAAGAGCUGCAGGGCGCGUCAGACCUGCGGGUUUGUCGUGUAUUUCAGCUCGAUAAAGAUACUCUGAGUGAACGUAGGAAAAAAUAUUGAUUUAUGCCACAGAGUCUGUGUUAGGUAAAAAUAAGAGAUGGCUCUGACAAAUAUUUCUUUCCUCUCUCUAUUUUGGUACUUCAUUUAAGUGGAGAAUGGAUGGAUGGAUGGAUGGAUGUGUGUGCUUGUGCGCGCGUGUGUGUGUUUUGAGGGGGGGGGAGGGUUUCUUUUAAGACAACUAUUCAUAUAUAUAUUAAAUACGAAAAAGAGAUUUGCACACUAUAUUCAGAUUGUUUUGUUUUUGUACCAAAGACAUGCAACGUAAAUUGGCAACUAGCCAGUUUCAGUAAGGUUUUGCACAGCUAUCCUGACACCGUAUUGAAUGUAGGAAAAAAAAAAAACAAACAACAAAGUUGUAGGGUCAGGGAUUUUCAAUGAACUGUGAAAUUUGCUUGGGUCCAAUUAUCUACAGAAAGAAGCAUUCAUUCGCAUCGUCCUAGAGCUCUUGCGCUGUUCUUCAGCUCUCAAGUUGAAGCGUUGCUUUGGAAACCUUUGUACUAGGAUCAAGCGGUUCAGUUUCCCACCAUUGCAAUUUUGUCCAUUAAUGCUUUUAAAACUGUAGAGUUGAAGAUGCGUUUUUUUUUUUUUUGUUUUUUUUUUUGUAAUUGCAUAUGUAUGACGUUAUCAGAGAACCAAAAUGUUCACUUUAAUAUUAAUAUUUUACAAUUAAUAUUCUUUCAAUUUUACGGAGGAGAAUAAGCAUACAACAAAUACAUUAUUUUGCGUAUGUCGUGCGUGUAGUCCGUAAAUCAUGCAUACACGUACUUGUAUUGAUAAAAUGGUACCUUUUCAAUGCGUAUGUUAAUAAGCAUGACACAUUUCUAUAGCUUUAUAUUCAGUGAAUAACCCGGAAAUAAGAAACAACAACAACAACAAAAAUAAGACUUAUUCUCUGUAUUUUUGUAAUGGUUACCUUGAGGUUUUCUGUUUUAAUGUUCUAUGAGCAUAUCUAUAAACCUUGUUGGAGAAAAGGCUUUGAUGAAUUUAUCAUCAGCAGCUCAUACUCCAAAAUAUUUCCGACCCGGAUCCAGUCAUAGGCUCUUCCUUGUCCAUGCCUAAAAAAAAGAGUGCUUACUUGUACUUUGAGGAAGGAAAGCAUUCUGAGAGAGAGAAAGAGAGAGAGAAAGAGAGAGAGAGAGAGAGAAAGAGAGAGAGAGAAAGAGAGAGAGAGAAAGAGAGGGAGAGAAAGAGAGGGAGAGCGAGAGAGCUUUAUAGUUGCACCAUGAUGGCUAGCUGCUGCACCUUCAUACUUAUCCAGUGUGAAAAGCCACUGCACUUCCCAAUGCAGAACUGCAUGUUAUCUGAAAGGAAAAAAAAGGAAAAACGACAACAACAACAACAAAAAAAAACUUGAUUGAUAGUCAUGGUUUGUCUUUGGGUGUUCGUGGAGCUCUUAUUUUUGAUUGAAUAAAAGAAGGGAGAAUAUUUUCCUCUACAACCCCUAUGAUAUUUCAGCUAAAA